CUCCACGUCGGCACGUCGGAGCGCUAUAAAUACGGAGGCUCCGAGGCCGAUUCCUUCAUUCCAGCGAGCUGGGGAGCAUAGCAAGUAGCCAGCUACCACCACCAGCCUAGCAAGGACAUUCGGCCAUGGCCCGGCUAUCUCUCGCGGCGUGCGCCGUCGUCUUCCACCUCUGCCUCCUCAUCUCCUCCUCCGCCUCCCUCCGCUGGCUCUCGGACAAAUCGGCGGCGGUGACCACGGCCGGCGGUGUCAGGACCAGGUCCGCCUACCACUUCCAGCCCGCCAAGAACUGGCAGAACGAUCCCAAUGGUCCCAUGUACCACAACGGCCUGUACCACUUCUUCUACCAGUACAACCCCGACGGCGUGACGUGGGGCAACGGCAACCUCUCGUGGGGCCACUCCGUGUCCGUGGACCUGGUGAACUGGUUCGCGCUCGACGCCGCGCUCCAGCCCAGCCGCUCCUUCGACGCCAACGGCUGCUGGUCGGGCUCCGCCACCAUCCUCCCCGACGGCAGCCCCGUCAUGCUCUACACCGGCAUCGACGCCCGCGGCGACCAGGUCCAGAACGUCGCCUUCCCCAAGAACGCCUCCGACCCGCUCCUCGUCGAGUGGGUCAAGCCCGAGUACAACCCCGUCAUCCCCGUCCCCGCCGACAUCAAGCGCGACGACUUCCGCGACCCCUCCACGGCGUGGCUCGGCGCCGACGGCCUGUGGCGCAUCGCCGUCGCGGCCCGUGUACACGAUGUUGGGGGUGCCACGCUCAUCUACCGGAGCAAGGACUUCCUGCGAUGGGAGAGGAACGCCGACCCGCUUUACUUGGCCCACGCCGCCGGCAUGGUGGAGUGCCCGGACCUGUUCCCGGUGUCUGAGCCCGGAGUGGAGGUUGGGCUCCCGGCGAGCGGCGCCGGGGCGAGGCACGUGCUCAAGAUGAGCGUGAUGGACACCGUCCAGGACUACUACGUCGUCGGGCGCUACGACGACACGGCGGACACCUUCGUGCCGGAGGACGACGACGACUGCCGGAGCUGGCGCCGCCUCGACUACGGCCACGUGUACGCGUCCAAGUCCUUCUUCGACCCCAGCAAGAACCGGCGCGUGCUCUGGGGCUGGGCCAACGAGUCCGACAGCGUGUCCGACGACCUCGUCAGGGGAUGGUCCGGUGUUCAGACUGUUCCGAGGAAGAUAUGGCUGGACGAAGACGGCAAGCAGCUGCGGCAGUGGCCGGUGGAGGAGAUCGAGACGCUGAGGAGCAAGCGAGUGAACCUGCUGAUACCGGAGGUGAACGCCGGCGGCGUGAACGAGAUCAUCGGCGUGAUGGGCACGCAGGCGGACGUGGAGGUCGUGUUCGAGGUCCCGGCCCUGGAGCACGCCGACGUCCUGGAGCCCAACUGGCUGCUGGACCCGCAGAGCCUGUGCGGCGAGAAGGGCGCGUCCGUGCCGGGCAGUGUCGGCCCGUUCGGGCUGCUCGUCAUGGCCUCCGGCGACAUGCAGGAGCACACCGCCGUCUUCUUCAGGGUGUUCAGGCAGAACGACAAGUACAAGGUCCUCAUGUGCACCGACCUCUCAAGGUCGAGCACUAGAGACGGCGUGUACAAGCCGCCGUACGGGGCCUUCGUGGACAUGGACAUCGAGGCGCACGGCGGGAUCAUCUCCCUCAGAACACUGGUUGACCACUCGGUUGUGGAGAGCUUCGGCGGCGGGGGCCGGACGUGCAUCACGGCGCGGGUGUACCCGGACCACGUCGUGAACGGGAACAGCCACCUGUACGUGUUCAACAACGGCACCGGCGCCGUCAAGGUGUCCAGCCUCGACGCGUGGGAGAUGGCCACGGCGACCGUGAACGUGCUCCCCGACGGGCUGAUCGCCGCGAGCUCGGUGGGCAGAGCUCAGGCCUAUUAGGAUCCGGGACCUGGGUUUUCGGUCGGUGGACGGAUGGAUGGAUGGAUGGCCAUUGUGAAUUUCUACGGCCGAUUGGAUUUGCCUGCCCGAUUGUGGCUCAGGUGUACAAAUGGAGGCUCCCUCAUUGUUUCUCGGAACAGCACGGAAGAAGGAUUCUAGGAUGCUGCAAAGGAAAAAGAUUCUAGGAAGAUUUGUGUCUAGGUGUUGAAGUUUUUGAUAGUGUUAAUAAUAGUAGUAGUAAGUAGUACUAGCACGCAUGCCCUGCAUGUUGGGUAUUUGGCAUCAAAUUAAGAGUGUAUUUCCAAGGUGAAAGCGGCUGUCAUGUAAAAGUAUGAUAUCCGCUGAGUUGUAAAAAAUAAUAUUCAGAUAUACAAGUUUUAUUAUUAUGAAA